AACUAAUGUUCCUGUCUGUGUUUCCUGUGGGGACGAGUUCGCGGUUGCACGCGGGAAGCCUGUGAGAUGGCGGUCGUCACCGUGUAGUUCUGAGAGAAUAAUAAUAAUACAUUCAUCUGUUUUAUAUAAAUAUAUACAGACAGAUACAGAACAUGGAGGGUAAGCCCAACCUGACCCUGGUGUUCCAGGCGGUGCAGGCCCUGUACCACGACCCGGACCCGGCGGGGAAAGAGAGGGCCUCCGUGUGGCUGGGGGAGCUGCAGAGAUCGAUGUACGCCUGGGAGAUCGCGGACCAGUUGCUGCAGCUGAAGCAGGACGUGGAGUCUUGUUACUUCGCUGCUCAGACCAUGAAGAUGAAGAUCCAGACGUCCUUCUACGAGCUUCCCCCCGAGACCCACAAUGCACUGCGAGACUCUCUGCUGACCCACAUCCAGAACCUCAAAGACCUGUCGCCCAUCAUCGUCACACAGCUGGCUCUAGCUAUCGCAGAUCUGGCUCUCCAGAUGGCCUCCUGGAAGGGAUGUGUUCACACACUCAUAGAAAAGUACAACAAUGACAUCAGCUCGAUGCCCUUCCUCAUAGAGAUCCUCACCGUUCUGCCGGAGGAGGUCCACAGCCGCUCUCUGAGGAUCGGAGCCAACCGGAGGACGGAAAUCAUCGAAGACCUGGCGUACUACUCCAGCACCGUGGUCACGCUGCUGACUUCCUGUGUGGAGAAGGCGGGCACGGAGGAGAAGAUGCUGAUUAAAGUGUUUCGCUGUCUGGGGAGCUGGUUCAACCUGGGAGUCCUGGACAGCAAUUUCAUGGCCGGGAACCAGCUGCUCAUGGUCCUCUUCCAAGUCCUGCAGAGGGAUGAAACCUCCACAAACCUCCACGAGGCGGCGUCUGACUGCGUCUGCUCGGCGCUGUACGCCAUCGAAAAUGUUGACACCAACAUGGGUCUGGCCCUGCAGCUCUUCCAGGGUGUACUGACGCUGGAGACGGCGUACCACAUGGCGGUGGCUCGGGAAGACCUGGACAAAGUCCUGAACUACUGCCGGAUCUUCACCGAGCUCUGCGAGACCUUCCUGGAGACCACAGUCCGGAGUCCGGGCCAGGGGAUGGGAGACCUGCGGACCCUGGAGCUGCUGCUGAUCUGUGCAGGACACCCGCAAUACGAGGUGGUGGAGAUCUCCUUUAACUUCUGGUACCGACUCGGAGAACAUCUGUAUAAAAUAAACGAUGCCGCUCUUCACACCAUCUUCAGACCGUACAUCCAGCGACUUCUGCACUGUUUGGCCCGACACUGUCAGCUGGACCCAGACCACGAGGGGAUCCCGGAGGAUACGGAUGAUUUUGGAGAGUUCAGGAUGAGAGUCUCUGACCUCGUCAAAGACGUCAUUUUUCUGGUUGGAUCCAUGGAGUGUUUCUCUCAG